UGAUCUAUCAUCAUAAAUCCAAAAUGGCGUCACUUUUGACGUUAUUCUGAAUUUCUUGUUGGCGUUGUUGAUUAUUAUUUUAGUCAAUUAAUUGUUCUUUUAGGUAGACAAUAUUGUCUAUUCAUAUAUUAACGACUCAGCAUAACUUCAGUCAUAUAUGUACAUUUUCAGCAUAGUGUAAGUAGUUCAAAUUAACGAAUUACCAUGGCUGUUUCAAAAUCAACAAACACGUACAAUCGUCAAAAUUGGGAAGAUUCGGAUUUCCCUAUUUUAUGUCAGACAUGUCUUGGAGAUAACCCCUAUAUUCGUAUGACCAAGGAAAAAUAUGGUAAAGAGUGCAAAAUAUGUGCCAGACCCUUCACCGUAUUUCGAUGGUGUCCUGGAGCAAGAAUGCGUUUCAAGAAGACGGAAAUAUGUCAGACUUGUUCUAAACUUAAGAACGUAUGUCAAACGUGCCUUUUGGAUCUCGAAUACGGGUUACCAAUUCAAGUUAGAGAUGCUGCACUUAAAAUACAAGAUGACCUACCUCGUAAUGAAGUGAAUAAAGAAUAUUAUAUUCAGAAUUUGGAUAGCCAAAUGUCUAAGUUUGAUGCUACCCAACCUAGUAAUUCUGCAUUAAAAUCUAAAGGUGCUUCUGACUUGCUGUUACGUUUAGCUAGAUCAGCUCCUUACUAUAAAAGAAACAGACCACAUGUGUGCUCCUUCUGGGUGAAAGGUGAAUGUAGACGCGGUGAAGAGUGUCCAUAUCGGCAUGAGAAACCAACUGACCCUGAUGAUCCUCUGGCGGACCAAAACAUCAAGGACCGUUACUAUGGUGUGAAUGACCCUGUGGCGGAGAAGUUGAUGCGCCGUGCAGCCGCCAUGCCUGCACUGCCUCCCCCUGAAGAUAAGACUGUCACAACAUUGUACAUCGGCAACCUGCCCGAUAAUAUAAGUGAAGAUGAACUCAGAGGUCAUUUCUACCAGUAUGGUGAAAUAAGAUCUUUGACCCUAGUGCCUAGAGCACAAUGUGCCUUUGUACAAUAUACAACUAGGAGUGCUGCAGAACAUGCUGCUGACAAGACUUUCAACAGACUAGUUAUAUCAGGAAAGAGGCUUACUAUCAAAUGGGGCAAAUCACAAGGUCGCCAAGGUGCCAACGAGAAGAACGAAAUGGCGCCUGCACUGGAGCCUGUCCCUGGACUGCCAGGCACACUCCCACCGCCACCUGCGUAUCUGCAUCCAUUCCCACCACAGAUGCCUCCACCUCCAAACCGUCCGAACGACUUCUUCAACCUGCACCACUACGGCGGCGGCGGCUGGCCGGCGUGGGGCGGCGGCGUGGCCGGCCUGCCCGGGGUGCCGGGCGUGGCGGGCGUGGCGGCCGCGCCCGGCGUGCCGCCGCCGCCCGCGCCGCUGACGCUGCACUACCCCAGCCAGGACCCGGCCCGCCUCGGCGCGCACGCACACGCCAACCAGCCGCAGACAUAGUGCCAACCAACACACACCACUCGCUAACGCUCCCGAACUUAAAGCAAUAUUUGUAUGCCUUUCCAUGGCCACUAAAUGGACUGUUUUAGAUGACGAUGGCACUAUUUCAGUUGUUCACAAACUAAAAUAUGCAUUGGUGGCUUUUACUGAAACAGCAAGAACCUAAACAGUCCCAAAAGGUCAAGUCAGUGUAAAUACAACACCAAUACAGAGACUGUAUUUUACAUAUAAUGUGAUUGUACAUGGGAUGUUCAUAAACCCUGUUUACACCACACUAUUUUAUGAAGUUCUGUGUGAUGCGUGCAUCUAGGUUUUAAGUGGUAAUCUGUUAUGUUAAUACUAGGAAAAAUUGUGAACAUUUUCUAAUUAAAAUUACUAUUGUACAAAA